CUUGCUUCUCCAUCAUCAUUCAGUUUCUUCCGUGGCCAUCAGUUCCUUUAUCUGGUUCGGUUUCACUCUCGUUUUCUUCCCUACUCUUCCGGUGGCAUCGUCCCUUCUUUCUUUGUCCAUCUCAUCCUCCCUCGUUUCCCCCGUUCUGCUCCCUCGAUGCCGCCUCGUCUCGCCCGCCAUCAUGCAUCCUAGCGCUCUUCAGCAGCGCGAUGACCCCACGGAGCAAUUCCUGAAGCUCAUCUCGAAUCCUUUCUCGUCUGCCUUCCAAGUCAACGCCAUCUGGGCUUCAUUAGCCACCUCCGCGGGCUUCUCCAUCCUCUUGGCCUUAUUGUUCUCCCUCUUCCGCCCUCGCCAUUCGGUCGUCUAUGCGCCCAAGGUGAAACAUGCCGAUAACAAACACACUCCGCCGCCAGUGGGCAGGGGCUUCUUCGCCUGGCUCAAGCCUGUGUUGCGGACCAAGGAGCCGGCAUUGGUCGACUGCAUUGGCCUCGAUGCAACCAUGUUUGUUCGCUUCACCAAGAUGUGCCGGAAUAUCUUUAUCUUCUUGAGCAUCAUCGGCUGCGGCUUGAUGAUCCCGCUCAACCUCACACAGAGCACGGGUGAUACAGUGUCCCAGUAUGGUGCUUUCUCGACGAUGACCGUGCUCUACGUUACGUCCGACGCAAUUUGGGGCCAGGUGAUCUGCGCAUGGGCCUUUGAUGCGAUCAUUGCUUUCUUUCUCUGGAGAAAUUACAAGGGCGUGCUGGCGCUGCGGAGGAAGUAUUUUGAGAGUCCCGAAUAUCAGCGCAGUCUCCAUGCGCGAACCUUGAUGAUCACUGAUAUUCCUCCCGCCGCUCGAGGGGAUGAAGGUGUUCUGCGAUUGACGGAUGAGGUAAAUCCAACCGCCGCCGUCCCACGAGCCUCCAUCGGCCGUAACGUCAAGGGACUGCCUCGUCUGAUUAAGGAACACGACGAAACUGUGCGCGAACUCGAAGCAGUCCUGGCCAAAUACCUUAAACACCCAGAUCGGCUUCCACCGAAACGUCCGACUAUGCGCCCUCCGCGAAAGGAAAGAAAGGAGCACACUGACGGCCGCGUGGAUGCGAUUGAUUAUUUGACGGAUAAGAUCAAGAGACUGGAAGAAGAGAUUAAGCACGUUCGAUCAUCGAUUGAUCGGCGCAAUGCCAUGCCCUUUGGUUUUGUCAGCUGGGAUAUGAUUGAGCAUGCCCACGCCGUUGCUUAUACCGCGCGCAAAAAGCACCCGGAAGGAACUACAAUCGUUCUGGCGCCCCGGCCUGAUGACCUCAUUUGGGAAAACCUGCCACUGUCGAAGGCUGCGCGCAAGUGGAAGCGGUUUCUUAGUGCAAUCUGGGUGUCGGUUCUCACGUUGGUGUACGUCGUACCUAACGGCCUGAUUGCAAUCUUCUUGUCCAAUUUGAACAACCUGGCUUCGGUCUGGCCGGCAUUCCGGACUUCGAUGGAUAACAAUCCUUACAUCUGGGCUGCAGUCCAGGGAAUUCUGUCCCCUGCGGUGACCUCCCUUGUUUACAUUGUCUUGCCUAUCAUCUUCCGUCGGUUGGCAAUCCGAGCCGGCGAUGUCACCAAGACCUCCCGAGAGCGCCAUGUUCUCAACAAGCUCUACACUUUCUUCGUCUUCAACAAUUUGAUCGUCUUUUCCUUGUUUUCUGCGGCGUGGACAUUCGUGUCCGCCGUCAUCGAUGCAGAGCGCACCGAUGAAAACGCCUGGCAAGCGAUCAAGGAUGGGAAACUCUAUAUCAAGAUUGUGAACGCUCUGUGCCAGGUCUCCCCAUUCUGGGUGACAUAUUUGCUGCAGCGUAAUCUAGGAGCCACAAUCGACCUCAUUCAGCUGGUCUCGGUCUUUUGGGUCUGGUUCUCCAAGACGUUUCUCUCGCCAACGCCUCGGCAGGCGAUUGAAUGGACAGCCCCGCCGGCUUUUGAUUACGCAAGCUACUAUAACUACUUCUUGUUCUACGCGACCGUGGCCCUCUGUUUCGCUACCCUGCAGCCGAUUGUGCUCCCGGUUACUGCUUUGUACUUUGGCCUGGAUGCCAUGAUGAAGAAAUACAUGCUCCUGUAUGUCUUCGUGACGAAGACGGAAUCUGGAGGGCAGUUUUGGCGGGUCUUGUUCAACCGCAUGCUCUUUGCCGUGAUCCUCUCCAAUAUUAUCAUCAUCAUCGUGGCUACCGCCAAGGGCACGUGGACUAUGGUUUAUUGUGUGAUUCCUCCUCCUCUCCUGAUGUUGGGCUUCAAGUUUUAUUGCAUGAGAAAGUUCGACGACGAUAUCACGUUCUACAACCGCGCGAACUUGACAGAUGCUGAAGCCCUGGCGGUCAGCAAGCCGAACAAGAAGGCAUCUGAGCGUCUUAACUCCAAGUUCGGCCACCCGGCUCUCUACAAGCCACUGAUCACGCCGAUGGUGCACGCCAAGGCUGCGGAGGCUCUGAAGCGUAUCUAUAGCGGCCGGCUGGGAACGUUCGAGGGCGAAGGUGAAUAUUCCGACAUCGCGAUGGAUGCCAUGUCGUCUUCACAUCCGGGCAAGUCUAUGAUGGACGAUGCAAACGCAGCAGCUCCGUUCGAAGUGGUCCCGGAGAACCAUUUGGAUUUCUCGUACUACAAGAACCGCCCCGACUUCCGGGACGAAUUUGGCGGAGGUAUCUAUGGCCGGCCCGACGAUCUAAUGACCGAACGCUCGCACACACCGGCCAGUGCGCUGGGAGAAUGGUCGCCAACCUCCUCGCGGGCAUCAUCUCCCGCUCCGUCGCUGCCGUCGUCGCUGUCCGGCUUGAAGCCACAUGACACAUACGACCCGACAUUGAAUGACCAUAUUCAUCCCGCCUUCCGCGUACCGGCCCCGAUGAGCGGUGGAUUCUACCAGCAGCGAAACGAGAGCGAGACGGAGCUGCUCCAUCACGCGCAGGGCCCCGCGGUGAACGAGACGGUGACGCCGCUGGAUCGGUGGCGGACGAGGGGAUAUGGACCUGUAGAGCAGGACGACCCCAGCUUCACCUCGUACGAACACUACCGGAUGCCACGGUAAAUGAUCUUGAUUUACAGCGAUAACGAUUGUGCAUAGACAUUUUGGGAUGGGAUUUGGGCGGAGUACGGAAGACAUGUGCCUACGACUUUUGAUUAGAAUUGCUGUACAUAAAUUGCAUAUAUAAGCAUAUUCCUGGACAUUUAUCAAAAAUUAUACCUGCC